GUCGUUCGCGCGUUGGAUUUACAAGUUUUGUACAUUAUUUAUAUCAUAUACAUUGUCAUCAUCAUCGGUCGUCGGUUUUUGAAGGUGGUGAAAGAGUGUCUGGAUAAUACGUACAAGAACUAAGCUAGUCUCGUUCUUUUUAUCCAUACUUUUGUUAUUUCCUUUCUCGUUUGACGUGGUCAAAAUUAUUGUGUCUCUCUCUCUCUCUCUCAGUGCGUGUCCGUCUGUGUGUUUAUAUGUAUACGUGCUGCUGCAACGCAGCGUGUGUGUGCUAUUUCGUGCGAUUGUUGCACACGCAAUAAACGAGAGCAUCAACAACAACAAACAACGAGCUCGAUUUGUCACCGUAUGCAGUGGAUAUUUGCGCCAGGCAACAGCAGCCACUAUUACUGCGUGUAGUGCCUGUGUACAUACGUACAUACAUACACAUUAUAUAUAUAAUACAACAAGCUUUGAUAACUUUCCAAACAUCGGUGUACGUAUAUUAUAUACAGUUCGCUGUCCAGUGUCUGCGAUCGCGGGGAUAUAUAUGUUGUACAACGAUAUAUAUAUAGGUAGAUGUGUAUACCUAAAACACCUGCAUAACCUAUUAUCGCGAGGCGCACACACGGCGGACUGGAUAUCAUCAUAAUACAUGUAUAGAAAAAGAUUGGGUCUGCUCCGUCUGUCUCUGGGACGACGAUGAUUUUUGUGACUGAUUUCGACUGAGGGACUGCUGCGGACGUAAUAUACACAGCCCGCGCCGGAGAGUGCGGAGUGCAUUUUUAUCGUUUGGGGCUCUACACAGGCGGACAGUCGCUGCAAUUUUUGCUGCAAGAUCGUCGAGCAGAAACGAGACCACCAACACACAAUGGCUUACCGUAUUAAUAUAGUCUGUGGCAAUUCAUCUAUCUACCGAUCAAAACCUACACCCGCCGGCUACACUCACGAUUGGGAGUUGUACAUCAAAGGACAGAAUAAUGCCAGCAUUCAUAACUAUAUUGACAAAAUUGUUUUUCAUUUACAUGAAAGUUUUCCAAAUCCUGUGAGAACGUUUAAUAAACCUCCAUAUGUAAUAAGAGAGUCAGGUUAUGCUGGAUUUGAAAUACCAAUUGAUGUUUACUUGAGAAAUAAUUCAGAGCCAAGAAAAUUUCACUUUAAAUAUGAUUUAUCAUUGGCUAAGUUUACAUCGUCCUCUCACUCAAUAACUCAUACAGAAAUUAUAAACAAUCCAUCAGAAGAGUUCGCUAAAAAACUGCGCAAAGGUGGAGCUUUACCUAUCUCAAAUUCUGAAAGUGUUACAGAAAAAAAGAAAUCUAAAUUAGAUCAAAUGGUUGGAAAACCAAGAUUGAGUGGAAAUGAACCAAAGAAACAUAAACACGAUCAAAAGACAUCAGACACAUUCAACGAUGUGUUUGGAACUCCUAUUAAAACUGGAAAAUUAGUCGACAAAAAGCCAAGUGAUAAAAAAGUACAAGCACAACAAUCUUUAUUCUCCGAUAAACCUAUUAAAAGUGAGAAAACAGAAAAAUCCGACAAGUCAGAUAAAAAUCUAAAAACGAAACACAUAUCUCAAAAGGACAAAAAACCAGAAAAAGUACCAGAGGAUACAAAACUGAAAAAAGAUCCUAAUAGAGAAAAAGAUGUCUCAAAAGAGAGAUCAAAAGUAUCAACGAGUCCUGAAGAUAUGAAGUCUGAAGUUAAGUCAUCAACCUCGUCGACCAAAGAGCCCAAGCGACACAGUGACUCCAGUCGAGAUAAAACAAAAGAAAAAUCAAAAGACCCUUCUAAAAGUUCAACCGAUGAAAAAAGAAAAGACAGAAGUGAUCGUAAAAAAGAUAAGAAAAAACCAAAAGACGAAAGAGAACGCGAAAAGAAGGACAAGCACAGAGAUCGCGAGCGUGAGAAUGAACGCAGCAAAGAGGGCUCUAAACCUAUUGAUAAAAAGCCUGAAAAGGAGACGCUCGCUGAACCUAAAAUCGCCAAGGAUCAAAUCAAGUCACCAAAACAAGACAAACCAAUUGCACAGACGCCAGCACCGCCAGUGACUGCUCCACCCACGGUUCCUGCACCGGUUGUUAGUAAUGAUAGUAUUGAAAAAAUAAAAGAACAUAAACACACUAAAAGCGACAAAGAUAAGCAUAGAAAAGAGGAUAAAGACAAGUCCAGAGACUCUAACGAAAAGGAGAGAUCUCGAGACUUCUCCGUGGAAAAAGAAAAGUCGAAGAAACAUAAGAAGCGCGAUAAGAAAGACAGAAAGGACGACAGCAGCAAGGAGAAAGAAAGAAAGGAGCGCAAAGAAAAAUAUCGCGAAAAAUCACAUAAAUCCGCAGAACCGGCUCCGCCGUUGAGUCAAGUGGCUGGUUUCCCAGACCGUUUGAGCAGCGAAUCAGCGGGCUCGGCCGAGGAAGAAACGAUCGUGGACAAAGUUGAAAAAGUGCCCAAUACCCCGAGCAAACCGGACAUCGUGCUCAGAAGCCCAUCGCCGAUUCAAGACGGUCAAACGAGAAUGUCUCCGCCUACGCCGCGGGACCCGAUGAAUUACGAGCAGCAACGUCGCAGAACAAAAGAUAAGAGCGAGCGUAAACGCGAGCGAUCUGAAGCGAGUUACGAGCGCAAGCAGGAUAGAAAAAGAGCAAGACACGAGAGCAAAGACUCGAGCAGCGAACGCAUACCAAGCAAAGACUUGAGAGGUGAAAACUCACCUUUAGAUGAAUCCGUCUCAUCUAGUCUGUCUCCGAUGACGAUGUCAUCGCUCAUUACUUCUAAAAAUAGUAAUACUCACGUUUCGAACGAUGCCGUAUUGAACAUCGAACCCAUAGACGUCGAUAGCGACGACGCAGUUCCAGAUUCGACCGAUUCGACGUUCGACUCGACCACGUCGCCGGCUUACUUUUUGCAGUUGCAGGAGCUGCAGCACAAAAUCAACGCGUUGAAUGAUUUCAACGACUUGCACAGGUUGAUGGCCCUCAUCACGCGGACCGGUCAUUUCGAAGUAACAACGCAGACGGUCGAUUUCGAUCUGUGUCAUUUCGAUAAAAAAACCAUCGAAGCGUUGCAAGACUUCUUUGAUAAUCUCUCGUGACCGGCUUUAGUUUGAAAGAAUUUAAAUUAAAUUGUAUAUAUUUCCAUCUUGAUGUAGAAUUAGAAAUUUGCAAACCAUAAUGAUGUACCAUGACUAUUUUAUUCGGAGUUAAAAGAUAGCUAAUAUCAUACGAAAUGCACGAGCUUGGCGUACGCUUUUUGUAAAUACUGUUAUGGAAAUUGAAAUACUUUGAAUGUAAAUUAUUUUCUCAUUUAUAUAGAUUUAUAUAAUUAUGAACUUUUUAUCAGCUUUGAAGAUUAUAAAAUAUCCACAACUACGAACAAUUUAUACGAAUAUUAAUGGAAUGAAUAACUUACGAGUAGAAAACAUCUACACGAUUGAUAAAAUUUGCACUUCCAUAUUCUUAAAUAUGGAAUAAUUUUUCAUCUAAGUUACCAAAUCAAGAACUAUCGAUUAUCAAAUUCGAAGCGCAUUUUACAAUUCCUCGUUGCAUAAUGAUGCAUCGAUUCUUUUUAAGAUUUAUAUUUACAAGAUGAUUAUACAAAUAUUAUUAUAUAACUAUACGAAUUAUAAAUAUUUAAUAGCCAAAUUCAUGACUGAUGAAAGUUACAUUUUUAAUGUAAAUAAUGUCUAAAAUUGUAUAAAUAGCUGAAUUGUGCUAGUAUUAAAUACUAUAUAAAAUAAACAAACUACGGCACAGAAAUUAUUAAUAAAUGUUUCGAUUAAAAUUUAA